AUGAGCACUGGCUUAAAUAAAGGAAUUGGACCUGGAGGUGCAGGAAUUGGUCCAGGUGGCACAGGACUUGGACCUGGUGGUGUGGGAGUUCUGCCUGGAGGUGUAGGAAUUGGACCAGGUGGCACAGGAAUUGGACCAGGAAUUGGACCAGGUGGCACAGGAAUUGGACCAGGUGGUGCAGGAAUCAGUCCAGGUGGCACAGGAAUUGGACCAGGUGGAGCUGGAGUUGGGCCUGGAGGUGUAGGAAUUGGAACUGGUGGCACUGGAACUGGAAUUGGAGGAGCAGGAGUUGCGCCUGGUGGAGGUUUACCAGGAACUGGAACUGGGACAGGCACUGGGGGCAAAGUCGGAAAGACUGGGAAGGCACCAGUGCCAGGUGUUGGGAUUCCUGGGCUAUACCAAGGGGGUAUAGUUCCUGGACAAGGUUUUGGCGGUAGAGGCAUUCUGCCAGGUGUAGCAACGGGAUCUCAAACUGGGCUGCUUGGUCAAGGUGCACUUGGAGCUAAUGGAGGCCGCGGAGGAUUUGGUCAACAAAUACCAGGCGUGUUCCGUGGAUAUCCUCUUAUAUCACCAAAGUCUGGAGGUACAAGUGCAGCAAAAUCUCAGGCUAAAGCUGCCAAGUACGGGGCUGGUGGUGUUCCUGGUAUCGGUAGUGGUGGGCUUGGUGUAGGAGGUAUACCAGGUGCAGGUGGUGUUCCAAGCAUAAAUGGCAUUCCUGGUGCAGGAGGUGCGCCAGGAAUAGGAGCUGUUCCAGGUGUUGGAGUAAUUCCUGGAGCUGGCGGUGCAACUCCUGGUGUCCUUUAUCCAGGAACUGGUGGUACCUAUCCUGGGGGAACUGGGGCAAAAGCUCGAAAGAAUGCUUCAGGGAUAGAAACUGGUGGACUUCCUGGUUCUGGUUUUGGAGUGGGUGGUCUUGGAGCGGGAGGACUUCCUGGUUCUGGUUUGGGAGUGGGUGGUCUUGGAGCUGGAGGACUUCCUGGUUAUGGUUUGGGAGUGGGUGGCCUUGGCACUGGUGGAAUCCCUGGACUUGGUCCUGAAGGAUAUGCUGCAGCCAAAGCAAGAAAAUAUGCCCAUCUUGGACGUCCUGGUGGGACUUUAGGUACUGCAGGAGCAGCUGGUGUGUCUGGUGUUGGACUUGGUGGACUACCUGGUGGAGGUUUUGGGAGUGGUGGACAACCUGGAGGCGGACUUGGAGUUGGAGGGCUACCUGGAGGUGGACUUGGUGGAUUACCUGGUGGAGGAACUGGUGGACUUCCUGGCGGUGGAGUUGGUGGUCUUCCUAGCGGUGGUGCUGGAGGACUCCCCAGCUCUGGCAUUGGAUAUGCAGAGGCAAAAGCUCGUAAAUAUGGUCUGCUUGGUGGAGGUGCUGCUUUAGGCCAAGGCACUGGAUUAGUUGCAGGUAUUCCAGGUGUAUUGCCAGGCACUGGUGUCGGAACAGUUGGGGCAGGGGGUAUACCAGGAAUUGGGGCUGGACAAGGAGGUGUCCCUGGUGUGGGUUAUGGUCCAGGAGGUGUACCCGGUGGUUGCCUUGGACCUGGUAGUGUUCCGGGAAGUGCAUUUGAACCUGGAGGAUACGCUGGGGUCAAAGCUCGCAAAUAUGGGGUUACUGGUGGAGCUGGUGGAACAGGAUUGCCUGGAGGAUUAGGAGGGUCACUUGGUAGUGGAACAGUGUCAGGUGUUGGAACUGCUAGAGGAACACCAAGUGGAGGAAUUGGACCUGGGGGGGCACCUAUUGGCGGUUAUGGACCAGGAGGGGCACCAAUCGGUGGUUACGGACCUGGAGGGGCACCUGCGGGUGGUUAUGGACCAGGAGGAGUACCUGCUGGAGGAUAUGGACCUGGCUCUGGAGCAUAUCCAGGUGGACCAAAGGCCCUAAAAUAUGGUCCUGGUGGUAGUGGAGGUGCUCCAGGACUUGGUCUGCAGGGUCAGGUAGGAACCGGUCCAGCAGGAGGAUUUGGCACGGGGGCAGGACCAGUUGGUGGUUAUGGUCCAGGGACUGUAGGAGGUCCCUGGUCUGGAUUUGCUGGACCAGGACUUCCUGGUAGUGCUGCUGGAGCAGGAAGCAGAGGAGGGUUUGGGCCUGGUUAUGGAACAGGUGCUGGAGGAUAUCGACCUGGAUCAAAAGCAGCUAAAUAUGGCAAGUUGAAAUACACUACAUACACUUACAUGUAUAUUGCAAGUGCCACUUGA